AAAAAGUGUUUGAACAAUAAAUUUGUAUUGCAGAUACUCUCUUGUUAUAUAUGAUGACCCGCAGGCAAAACGUAGUAUUCUCGACGCUCCAAGCCCUUCCCCGAGCUAGUCCGAACAGACUUUAAGAGUAGGUGUGAAUGAGCCUUAAAUGUUCCGAAUAAGGCAUCCGCUUAUUUAGGCUUAUGGACACUCUGAACUCUCAGCAUUUAUUGACAUUCCAGCGGGUAUUAUAUGAUGGUUAAUGAAAUAUCAUAAAAUAUCCCCUCUAACGUGAUUCAUAGAAGUAGAGACAGCUAAAAAAGCUAUUGACAAACUAAUUUUUAACGAAUAAAUUAAAAAAAUUGAGUGCUAUUUUGUUGGUUGUGCCGAGCAUACCACAGACGACAUGUUAGUACUAUUCGAAACAUCCGCGGGAUUUGCCUUGUUUAAGCUUAAAGACGAUGGCGUUUUAAAGAAGCCCGAAAAGCUCUAUGACCGCUUUAGAAAGAUCGAAUCGGCAAGAAAGCUCGUCUCCUUGAAGAGCUUCUUAAAAUUUGAGAACCUUACCGAUGCGCUCGAGACGGUAACGGCCUUGAUGGAAGGGAAGGCGAAUUCAACCCUUAGAAAUUUUUUAAAGUCGACUGUUAAAACUGAGAAGCUUGCCGUCGGUGAUCUCAAGUUGGCAGCUUCUAUUAACAAAAAACUGAAAAUAGACUGUGUCUAUGAUAACACUGUCACAGAGUUGAUGAGAUGCAUUCGCUUUCAAUUUCAGGAUUUGCUGUCUACCGAGUUUCCAGAGAAAAACUUGCAGGCAAUGAAUUUGGGCUUGGCGCAUUCCUUGUCGCGGUAUAAAAUAAAAUUUUCUCCCGACAAAGUGGAUGCAAUGAUCGUUCAAGCAGUGGGCAUCUUAGAUGACCUAGACAAGGAACUCAAUAUUUAUAUAAUGCGUGCCAGAGAAUGGUAUGGAUACCAUUUUCCUGAAUUGACCAAAAUUGUCCCUGACAAUAACACGUAUAUCAGAGUGAUCCGCGCAUUAGGUGAUCGUCAAACCGCUAACAGCAAGGAUCUUACCGAUGUUGUGGACGAAGAAACUGCCGAAAAAAUCAAGCUCGCAGCGAACAUUUCAAUGGGUACCGAGGUUUCUUCGGAAGACAUGUUUCAUAUCCAGGCUCUAGUAAAUGAAAUUCUUGACUUGGUAGAGUAUCGUGAAUAUCUAUGGGACUAUCUGAAAAACCGUAUGAUUGCUAUGGCACCCAACUUGACGAUGAUAGUAGGUGAACUACUAGGCGCUCGAUUGAUUGCUCACGCCGGAUCACUCAUGAACCUAGCCAAGUAUCCAGCCUCUACUAUACAAAUAUUAGGUGCCGAAAAAGCCCUGUUUCGUGCUAUAAAAGCUUCCAAACCGACACCUAAAUACGGGUAUCUCUACCAUGCUAGCUUGGUGGGUCAGACAAACCCAAAGUACAAAGGUAAGAUCUCGCGUGUUGUGGCCAACAAAGCAGCUCUGUCUGUACGCGUCGAUGCAUUAGGCGAUACUAUCACAAAUGAAGUCGGGUCUGAAUCUCUUCUACAAAUUCAAAACAUGAUGAUGAACCUAGAAAACAGAGACGCCCAAGGUAUUCAAAGAACUCUCUCAAGACCUAGUUUCCAAGCAUACCAGCGACCAUCAGAACCUGUUUCUACUUACAAUACCAAAAGCGAUUCUACAUUACCUUCUAACCCAAAAAAACGACCAAAAAUCAAUCUAAACGGGACAUGCAAUGGCGCUCAAGACGACCUCCAAGCAUCAGAAGAACCUGCAACCCAUAAAAAACGAAAACGCGAAUCUUCAAAAAAAGACAAGGCCUCUGAAACGGAUUCACCAAAAAAAAAGCACAAAGAGCACAAAAAAGACAAAACUAAGAAAAAAGACUAAAUUGUUCAAGCAGAAUUUACCCCAAUUUGGCCAUAGUAUUCGCGUUUCAAUCCUGUAACCCGUCUAUUAUUGUAUUCAUGUCACAAGCUUUCAAGUAUAUUUAGGUAAUUGGCGGUUUUUUAUGUAUUCUACAGAAAUUUUUAUGCAACUUGAGAAAAUUACAUUGGCUUCGCAACGCCAAUAAUUUGCUUUUCCAGAAUGCACUUUACUGCAUGCUAAUAUAUGCAUUAAAAUGCAAAACAUACGGAUUACAUAAGUUUUGAUUAUAGUGAAAGCUAAACCUUGUCAGUAUGCACUCUAUUCGCUACGAUCGUUUUGAACGCUGUCAUCGAGCUCAAAAAAACCCUCAUUGAAUUCAGGUAAUAGCCAUAU